AUGACCCAGGAACGUGAGUUGCGCCUUUCCGAACUGACACUUCUCGAAGUUCACGGGGAGUUGUGCCUUUCGGAGGCGGUUGUGGACUAUGCGGAGGUUUGUAUUUUUGAAAUGUCGGCGCCGGUGUCGAUUAGGAAGUUUAUUUUGGAAAAGCUGUCGCUGAUGCUGAGGCGGGCAAUUGUGCAGUGGCACUCUUCAAACUUGCCUCCCGAAUUCGAAGACAGCGUUAUUUUUUUUUUCAUGAGCCUUCCGAGUGCUAUAAAUUCAAAUAUCGGCACAGUGCGGAAAAUUGCCGAUUGUGCAGACGAAGUUAUUCGUGGUCUACGAGCUCUUAAUUGCGAAGAGAGGGAUCCCUGGCUAAUUUUCAUUUUACUUUCAAAAUUAGAUAGCGAUACCCGCCAAGCCUGGGCUCAGUGCGCAGAAUCCGAGGAAAAAGGUGUGACCAUCAACCGAUUCCUGAAAUUUCUCACAUCACGCUGCGAUACGUUGGAGGCUUUUAACUUAAUUGGAUCAACCCAAGCUCGACGCGCAGCUACAACGCACCACGCAGACACGCAUCCAAGACGGGAAGAGCCGAAGUGCACAUCGUGCCAGCAGAAUCACCAACUGUUUAAGUGUCCUCAAUUCAUCGCACUCGACAUUGCAUCUCGCCGAGACUUCCUCAAAUCAAGAAAGCUCUGUUUCAAUUGCCUCAGCCCGGCUCAUAUGGUGGGCAACUGUACAUCGAGGCAUACUUGUCGGAUCUGCCGCCGCAAGCAUCAUACUUUGGUUCAUGGCUCGUCGCAGCCAAUUCAAAAUGGCAACAACAUUGACACAGCAAGUGUUGACAGCCGCGAUCGACCAGCAGUCUCACAUGCGGGAUCUACAAUUGGCCACAAUAAACCGCUAGCUCGAGAAGGUCAUCGCUUGGGAAGCGAGACUCCCGCGGAAAACAACUUUACGCAUCAUACUCUGGAGAAUAUUCCGGCGGCUGGUUCUCAGACUCUGUUGUCAACCAUCCUUGCUGACGUCAUCGACGCCUGGGGAAACACUACAACCUGCAGGCUGCUCCUGGACACUGGAUCUACAAUAACCUUGGCAUCGGAAUCAUUUGUUCAGCGAAUAGGCGUGCGUCGAACGCACGCACGGAUUUCUAUUCUCGGUCUCGCCGCCAACAGCGCGGGCGUUACCCGAGGACGCGCACAUAUCAAGCUGCGCUCUCGUCAUUCGGGCCAAACUGUCGAAUUGGUCUCGUUCAUUCUCAACUCGCUGAUGUCAUCACUUCCUGCCCAAGUUAUUGACACCUCAUCCUCUACGUGGAGGCAAGUCUGCGAGCUUCCUUUGGCAGACCCAACGUUCUGCACAAUCGAUGUCAUUGUUGGAUCGGAUCAACUUUGGUCUCUAUACACAGGAGAUCGGAAACACUUUGGCUCUUACUCUGCAUUCGAUGAUCAACCUACUUCUGCAGUUACUCAUCACGCGGACCUAGACACGAUGGUUCGUUCAUUCAUGGAGAUGGACAGCAUUCAGCCUAACCAGGCUCUCCUGAACGCCAGCGAUCCCACAGAGCGUCAUUUUGCUGCCACACACAAGCGCUCGACGGACGGGGUGUACGUCGUCGAGUAUCCCUUCAAGGAGAAGGCACCGCCUAUUGAUUCGACCUUGCCACAGGCCAUCAAUCGCUUCUUCUCGCUGGAACGCAAAUUUCUUCGGUAUCCAGAAUUGAAGCAGCAGUACGAAGCUUUCCUGGACGACUACUUGCAACGUGGACAUAUGGAACAACUGACCUCGGCUCAGGUUGAGGAGUCCCCAGACACCUGCUUCUAUUUGCCGCGCCACGCUGUCAUCAAACUGGACAGUCUGACUAAAAAAUGUCGUGUAGUUUUUGAUGGAUCAGGAAAUGACAGCUCUGGAGUAUCGCUCAAUGACAGACUACAUAUUGGUCCACCGAUUCAACGCGAUCUUCUUGGCGUUUGUCUACGCUUCCGGCAGCACCAAUAUGUUUUAUGCGCGGAUGUCGAAAAGAUGUUUCGAGGCAUUAAAAUCUUUAAGCCACACACCAAUUUUCAGCGCAUUGUUUGGCGCAAGACUGAGAAUGAACCUCUGCUUCAUUUUCGCCUGCUGACGGUUACCUACGGAUUGGCACCGUCACCAUUUCUGGCUGUUCGAGUUCUAAAGCAACUUGCCGACGAUCAUGGCCAUGAAUACCCUGCAGCAGCUCACGCUCUUCUGCACGAUGCCUAUGUGGACGAUAUUCCUACAGGCGCCAACACAUUCGAGGAGCUUAUGAUUCUCAAGGACGAGCUUAUAGCCCUCUUAGAUAAGGGAAAAUUCAAGCUACGCAAAUGGAGUUCUUAUAGUUGGCGUCUUCUGAAAUCAAUACCAGAAGAUAGAUGUUUUGAACCUAUCCAGCUCCUCAACAAAUCAGCUGUGGAUUCACCUGUCAAAGUUCUUGGUAUCCAAUGGAACCCUGGGAAGGACGUUCUGUAUCUCAACCUAAAGGGAUGCGAUGCGACCAUUUCUCCGACGAAAAGAGAACUCUUGUCUCAGCUAUCAAGAAUUUAUGAUCCGCUUGGACUGGUAGCGCCGGUCACAGUUCUACUCAAGCUAAUCUUCAAAGAAAGCUGGACAAGUGUCCUGCAGUGGGACGACCCCAUUCCUGAAAGUCUACGUACGCGCUGGAGAGCCUUAGUAGAGGAUUUGCCAGCACUUACGCAAUGCCAAGUACCACGGUAUAUUGCGUCACCAUUUGGAGAUGUUCAACUACACGGAUUCGCCGACGCAUCCUCGCACGCCUACGGUGCGGUAGUUUACGCUCGAGUUGCAGUUGGAUGCAGCUUUCAAGUAACUCUGGUUGCCGCCAAAACACGGGUGGCCCCGAUCAAGCCCGUAUCAAUUCCACGUUUGGAGCUCAACGCUGCCACAAGCUGCUGGACAGAUUCAGAAAUUGUGCUACACUGGCUUUCAGCUCCCCCUCGACGGUGGAACACCUACGUCUGCAACCGAACUUCUGAGAUAUUGAGCGACUUUCCCCGUAGCUGCUGGAACCAUGUUCGCACGGAAGACAAUCCUGCUGAUUGUGCUUCCCGAGGACUUCAUCCGUCAAAGCUUCUGGAGCAUCGGCUGUGGUGGAAAGGUCCGUCCUGGCUGGCCACACCCACCUCUGAGUGGCCACCUUCUACAAGCAAGUUCAGCGUAUCUUCAAGUUUCGAUGUCAACACCGAAGAACGAGCCAUAAAGCCCACGACUCUACAUAACUUUCCUGAUGAAAGUAUACACGAGAAUUCGGCACCAUUCCUUACGUCUGAAGAGUUGCUAGACGCACAGCGCCGACUUAUUCGACAUGUGCAACAAAAAUCCUUUGCCAGAGAAUAUGCGCAGCUAGAGAAUCGACGCCAGCUUAACGCUAAAUCGCAUCUUAUCCGGUUUUCUCCGUUUCUGGAUGAUUAUGGAGUAAUGCGAGUCGGUGGGAGAAUCGAGCAAUCUACACUCAACUACAACGCCAAGCACCCGAUUCUGAUACCCAAAGAUACACCACUAGCUGGACUGCUGGUUCGACAUUUUCAUGUCUCCUAUCUGCACACUGGAGUUGCUGCAACGUUCACCAAUCUUCGUCAGCAGUACUGGAUUCUGGGAGCCCGCAAUCUCGUCAGAAAGGCAGUCUUCCAAUGCAAAUCCUGUUUUCUUCAACGAAAGGGCACAAGCAACCAGAUCAUGGGAGAGCUACCAAUUCCUCGAGUUCAAGAUAGCCGCUGCUUUCAACACACAGGGCUGGACUGCGCUGGACCGAUCGCAAUCAAGGAAUCAAAAGGAAGAACUCCACGCAUCGGAAAGGCAUGGUUUUCUAUUUUCAUGUGCCUCACUACAAAGGCACUUCACAUCGAGGUUGUUAGUGAGCUAACUACACAGGCUUUCAUCGCAGCCUGUGUGAAUUUCAACGAUUCAUUGCCCGCCGAGCGAAGCCUACUGACCUGUAUUCGGACAACGGAACUACAUUUCAUGGAGGCAAGCGAACGUUGGAUGACAUGA